AUGGUACUAGCCGAAUCUUUACUAAGAUUCGUCUGCCAGAGUCUAGAUGGUUGGCCAGCCCACUCUGCCCGUGGACAUUUUGUCUCUGACCCUUCAGUUAAGACCAGUCUGGCAGGAUACAUACCUUGGCGGAGGCAUAAAACAUUACCAGCAUGGCUUGCAGCCCUCAUAAUGGCACGCAAGAGGGCCCGUGGAGAAAUGAAUUCAAUAAGCACUCUGGAUUGUCCACUCUUGCAUGCAAAGUGA